GAGCACUCCCGCCAGCCAGGUCUCGCUCCCGUCCUGCAGGCCCCUCCCUGGCUGGCCGGGCCCCAGGAAGCGCAAGGCAGGACGCCCAAGGCUGGGCGGCCGCGGUCGGGCCUCGCCCCAGACGCUGCGCUCCGGGCCAGGCGUCCACUGGGGGCCCUGGCGGACUCAGCUCCGUACUAACCCCCGGGGCUACGUCCCCGGAGACUCCGAGGGCGACGGCUCUGUGUUCACUCCUACCUGGGUGGCUUCUGUUGGCGCUCCUGCGAGAACAUGGUGCAGAAGUAUCAGUCUCCUGUCCGAAUCUACAAGUACCCAUUUGAGCUGGUCAUGGCGGCCUAUGAGAAGCGCUUCCCCACCUGCCCGCAGAUCCCGGUCUUCCUGGGCAGCGAGGUCCUGCGCGAGUCCCGCAGCCCCGACGGGGCGGUGCACGUGGUGGAGCGGAGCUGCAGGCUGCGCGUGGAUGCCCCACGGCUGCUGCGGAAGAUUGCGGGCGUUGAGCACGUAGUCUUCGUGCAGAGAAACGUGUUGAACUGGAGGGAGAGGACCCUCCUCAUCGAGGCCCACAACGAGACCUUCGCCAGCCGUGUGGUGGUCAAUGAGAGUUGCAGCUACACCGUCCACCCUGAGAAUGAAGAGUGGACUUGCUUCGAGCAAUGUGCCUCGCUCGACAUCCGGUCCUUCUUUGGCUUCGAAAAUGCCCUGGAGAAGAUCGCCAUGAAGCAGUACACAGCCAACGUCAAGAGGGGGAAGGAGGUGAUUGAGCAUUACCUGAACGAGCUCAUCUCCCAGGGCACCUCUCACAUUCCCCGGUGGACGCCUGCCCCUGUCCGAGAGGAGGACAACCGCUCUCAGGCUGGCCCAAGGGAUCCUGGCUCCCUGGAGGCUGACAGGCCCGGCAGCGCCCCAGGCCCUGCUCCUGAGACAGUUCUUACAGACGAGGACAAGCUGGAUGCAGACUACAUUGAGAGGUACCUGGGCCAUCUCACGCCCGUGCAGGAGAGCUGUCUGAUCCAGCUUCGGCACUGGCUGCAGGAGACCCACAAAGGCAAGAUUCCCAAAGAUGAGCACAUUCUCCGGUUCCUGCGGGCUCGUGACUUCCACCUGGACAAGGCCCGGGAGAUGCUGUGCCAGUCCUUGAGCUGGAGAAAGCAGCACCAGGUGGAUCUCCUCCUUCAGACGUGGCGACCCCCUGCCCUCCUGGAGGAAUUCUAUGCGGGGGGCUGGCACUACCAGGACACAGAUGGCCGCCCCCUCUAUAUCCUGCGCCUGGGCCACAUGGACACCAAAGGCUUGAUGAAGGCCGUGGGGGAAGAGGCACUGCUGAAGCACGUUCUUUCCGUCAACGAGGAAGGACAGAAGAGAUGUGAAGGGAACACAAAGCAGUUUGGCCGUCCCAUCAGCUCCUGGACCUGCCUGGUGGACCUGGAGGGUCUCAACAUGCGUCACCUGUGGCGGCCGGGGGUGAAGGCCCUGCUGCGGAUGAUUGAGGUGGUGGAGGACAAUUACCCCGAGACCCUGGGUCGGCUGCUCAUCGUGCGAGCCCCUCGUGUCUUCCCGGUGCUCUGGACGCUGAUCAGCCCCUUCAUCAAUGAGAACACCAGACAGAAGUUUCUCAUCUACAGCGGUAGCAAUUACCAGGGCCCCGGAGGCCUCGUGGACUACCUGGAUAAAGAAGUGAUUCCUGACUUCCUCGGGGGAGAGUGUGUGUGCAAUGUCCCCGAAGGAGGGCUCGUCCCCAAGUCCCUCUAUCUGACGGAAGAGGAGCAGGGGCACACGGACCAGCUGCAGCAGUGGAGAGAGACCUACCAGUCGGCCAGCGUGCUUCGAGGGGCCCCCCAUGAGGUUGCGGUGGAGAUCCUGGAGGGGGAGUCAGUCAUCACCUGGGACUUUGACAUCCUGAGAGGGGACGUGGUGUUCAGUCUGUACCACAGCAAGCAGAUGCCCAAGCUUGGCCCCCAGGAGCCCGGGGCCAGGGCUGGCGGGCAGCUGACGGACAAAGGCUGGGUCCUAGGUGUGGAUUACAGCCGUGUCGAAGCCCCUCUUGUCUGCCGGGAAGGGGAGAGCAUCCAGGGCUCCCAUGUGACCCGGUGGCCUGGCAUCUACUUGCUCCAGUGGCAAAUGCACAGCCCCCCUGGCAAUGUGGCCUGCAGCCUCCCGGGUGUGGAGGACGUCCUGACGGCCCUGCACAGCCCUGGCCCCAAGUGCAAACUCCUCUACUACUACGAGGUGCUGGCAUCUGAGGACUUCAGGGGCUCCAUGUCCAGCCUGGAAUCCUGCACCAGCGGCUUCUCCCAGCUCAGCACCACCACCUCCUCCUCUUCUGGCCAGUCCCACAGCAGCCCCCUGGUCUCCAGAUAGCUGGGACUGAGCCCUGUGGGGCAGCCCGCUUGCCUCCCAUGUCUGCAAGUGUCCAUGGGGUCUGGGACCAUGUGGGCUGCAGCCCUGAGUCUGGACACUAAGUUGGGGCAUCUGGAGCCAAUGGCAAUGAUCCAGCUCAUGCACUCUUGAGGAUGCAAAUACAGAACAAUCUCCUUUGUGCUUCAUGUAAGGAAAACCAAGGAGUGGGUGGGCCACCUUUGGGUCGGCCUGGUCUGGGAGCUCAGGGAUAUCAUCAUGCUCAGCAUCCUCUCUCCACCUCUGGCUCUGCUUUCGCUGGGGCAACCUCCUUCUCAGGUGCCCUCCCCAUGCAGGGGACCCCAUCACCAUUAGGCUCAGCUGCGGAAGAGAACCUCUAUCUCCCAAAGUUCCAUCCAAGCUCCCAGAACAGUCUAAUCAGCCUGCCUGGGUCCCACACUGGUCCCUGAACCAAUCACAGUUCCCAGGGAAGAGAACACUGAUUGGCCAGCAGCAGGGUCCUCUGUCCAAUCUGGACCAAUCACCAUAUGGGGAUGGGGAUGGGGAUGGGGUUUCAGUGAUUGGUCCACCUGGACCACAUGCCUGUUCCUGAAGCCAACCACCUGGUUUGAAAAGCAUAAGCAGGUUGCCUCUAGGAAUACUGGGGUACCCCACAAGAGGGAAAGGACGCUGGGUAGGCAGAAAUGACCGUUUUUGCAUCUGAUUCCAUAGCUAUGCCCUGUGUCCCAAGACAUUCACGGUGAGCAGUUAUGAGUUACAGGCUCCACUUUCUGUGGGGAGCAGCCCACCUGGACCUGAAAUCCAUUGUCCUAGCACUUGGCUAGGAAGUCAACCUAACCACCACUGACUUGAGGAGGGUGGAGAGGCCCAGGCAGUGAUGAAGUGGCUCUGUCUUUAAACUCCUCUGGAGGUCCUUCCCCACCCCUCCACCUUGGAGCUGUUUAAUUAUGCCUUUUUUUGGUUGUAAGUCACAGAGACCCACACAAAAGGUUAACCAGUCAUCAUCACAUGCAACUGGCCAGUCCAGGAGUUCUUGCUUCAGGUAAGGCUGGAUCCAGGAUCUCAACAUGGCAUCAGGACUCCCCUAUGGGGAGGAGGAGGUUGUGACUUUGUUUUGUCCACCCUAGGGCAAAUCUGACCCCUGGAACCAGCUUCGAUAUUGACAGACUUCUCUCAUAGCCUUGCUUAUAGCUGGAGGUCAUCUCUGGUCAACACCCAGAGUCACUGGAUCUUGCCCAAGGGGUAGGCUUACAACCAUGGGGUUCAUGCUUCCAUGCAGUCUCAGCAUGAUGGAGCAAGGAGAGCAAGGACUUCCUUGCACACCAGCCUCACCUCCAAACCUGGAGCAGAAGGAAGGAGAUAACUUCUCAGAGACAUCCUUCUCCCUGCAGGGAGGGAGUCUCAUCCACCUCUGUUUGCUCCUCAGGUAUAGGAACAAAAUCCAAAACUGCAUCCUGCAUCAAGGUGUGUGUGCAUAUGAGGGAGAGAGGUAGGGGGAGACUGAAAACGUUCUCAAAGCUAAUUGCUCCCAUGUCACUAGACGUUUAUCACUGAGGAAUCUGAGAUAUUUUCACCAGUCUUUAGAUGAGUUUCUAGAUUGCCUCUAAAACCCAGGUGUGCCCUAGAAGCAUUCUGGGGUAAGCUGCCCUGGCACUCCCCACACAUUAAUUAUCUAGGACUAGCACCAGGGAAGGAUGGAGAAACCUUUCCUUGACUUGGGGUUCUACAUGGCUUGGUAACUGGAACCUGGAUCUGCUGUGAACAGUCUAGCCUGGACAAAAGGGAUGAGCUUCAGGCCCCUCUCAGUUCUCCCCUCGAAAGCUCAUUCUUUCUCCCUUGGGAAAACUCCAGCUCAAACUGGCUUAAGCAACAAAGGGAAUUCCCUGGGUCCUGUAACUGGGAUGGCUAAGGGCUUUCUUGCUGCAGGUAUGGCUGGAUCCAGGAGCACAGUGUCCUCAGGCUUAUGUGCCCAUCCUCUCAACCUCACCCAGGCCUCCUAGCUCUGUAUCUCUUCUCACACUGGUCUCAUCCUCUCCUCCGAGACCUGGUGGGAAAGGUGUCUGUCAGCAGCCCCAAGCCUACAACCACAGGGCUCACAAUCUCUAAGGUUGAGAGAAUUCUCUUUCCGUAUCAAAUCCCACAGAAGGCUCUGACUGGCCCUGUUUGAGUAGUGUGCUCGUUCCUACAGAUGCACUGGCCAAGGGGCUGUGGGUCCUGUGAUUGCCAGAUCCAGAAGCAGCAGUGGGAUAGGAGAAAGCAGAUCACCCCAGGAUGAGAAGCUGGGUCACAGAAACAGCAAACAGCCAUGGUGGCAUCUGCUGCAGUCCCCCCUUCCCUUGCUGGAGGUCUCUGGGGUCCAAGCUGGAGCUUCAUCAAUCAAUAGGUCUUUCCUACCUUUGGGAAGCGUGAAAUUAAAAAUCCGAGGAAGGGCUGCCAAGUUCCUGGCUUUUGUAUUUCCCUAGACCCCAGGGUUGGAAGCUCCUUGGUUUCUUUCUCCGUCUUGUUCAUUAACCUGUUGUGACCAGGACAGAAACAACCCAUGAGCAAAAGGAUCCUGCCCAUGCACUGUGUUUAGGAGCCUGGGUCUUAAAAUUUAGACGGGGCGGAGUUCAAACCCCAGCCGCCUUUCACUAGCUGCGUAACCUCCAGCAGGUGACUUAACUCCCCUGUGCCUCAGUUUCCUCAUCUGUAAAAUGGGGAUGUGCCUACCUCAUUCACUGGGUUGUCGUGGGACGAGUGAGAGCAGCUGUAGAGUCCACAACCCCAGUGCCCAGCACACAGAAAGCACAUGAUAAACGUCAGAGGUUAUCCUGAUGAUUUAAGGUUUCUCAACCAAACACUCCAGACUCCUUCCUGAGGAUGCCCGCCUGUCACUGUUUCUCAUAGGACAGAAGCACCAUGAGCAUCCAGAGGAAUAUAAUUUCUCUCUUACUUUCCCAUUUAGAAACUGCUUGCAUUUUCUGAGCAAAUGCACUAAUCUGGAAGAGCAUCAUUCAGAAUGGUAUUUCCCCCAACUAGCUAGAAAAUGUUCUCUCUAUAGGCUGAAAUAUGGGGAUUCUGAGAACUUUUAUCCCACAUCCUGCACUCUGGAAUUGCUCUGCCUGUAAAACAAAUUGUUCGAUGAGGAUACUAUAAUUCUGUUCCACACACUCUAUUUCAGCCAGUAAAACAUGAUGUUCCUUGUUUGCCUGAUCAUUGGCUCCAACCAAAAGCAUUAAACAUUCUAGAUUUGGAUAUACCUCAACUGCCUACCUCCUAAAACGCUGGAGGUUUCCCUGGGCUUGUUCUAGAGUUAACUCCGCUGUUGUUUAUAAGACUCAAAAGCAUUUUCACAGGGGCGGUAUCACCUUCAAGGGGUUGCGAGUUGGUUCUUUGGGGAAAAGGGGCACAUAAAAAAAAAAAUCACAUUUUUAUAUAUAAAGCACAGAUACACGGUAGUAGUUCUCUAGGGCUGCCGUAACAAAUUCUCACAAACUUGGUAGCCUAAAAGAACCGGAACCGAUUCCCUCACAGUUCUGGAGGCCAGAAGUCAGAUCAAGGUGUUUGCAGGUGUCGCCUCCUAACACUAGGGGAGGAUCCUUCCUGCCUCUUUCGAUCUUCUGGAGUCUCCUGGAGCUCCUUGGCUUGUGGCUGCAUUGCUCCCGUCCCUGCCUGUCUUCACAUGGCUUCUUCUCUGUGUGUCUCCUGUCACCAGUCACUGGAUUUAGGGUUCACUCUAAAUCUAGUAUGAUUUCAGCUUGAGAUCGUUAACUAAUUACAUCUGCAAAGACUACUUUCAAAGAAAGUCACAUUCUAAGGUUCUGUGUGGAUGUUAAUUCUGGGCCGGGGGGAACG